AUGUUGUUCGUUGCACGUCAGCUGCAAGAGAAGUGUCAGGAACAGAACUCCGACCUGUAUUCCACUUACGUCGAUCUGACCAAGGCUUUUGACACUGUCAGCAGAAAACGCCUUUGGCAAAUCAUGGCGAAGUACGAUGUCCAACAAAAUUCAUCACCAUUAUUUGACAACUGCACGAUGGGAUGCAGGCGAGAGUCCGAGAUGGCAGCAAAAUUUCAGAGCCAUUCUGUCUCCAGUGGAGUGAAGCAGAGCUGCGUCCUCGCCCCGACGCUCUUCAAUUUGAUGUUCUCCGCCAUGCUGACUGAUGCUUCGAUGGCACGGACACUGGAAUUGGCAUCAAAUGGCGCUUUGAUUGCUCAGUCUUCAACCUCAGACAUAUACAAGUGA